GGGGGGGGGGGGGGGGGAAGGUGACCAGGUGAGGUGAGCAGCGCAGAGGUGCGUGCGUGCGAGACCGCCAAGGGCAACCCGCCAAGAACGAGGGCUCCUUCCUGCUCCCUCCUGCAUGCACUGUGGGAGAAGGUGAGGGACUGAGGAGAGGAGGAGACGGUGCUGUCAGUGGCGACGAGCGUCUGCAGCGGCGGCGGCGGCCAUGAGCUGGAGGAAAGCAGGAGGGGAUGGAGGCGUGUCCAAGCGGUGGGCCGUGCUCCUCUGCCUCGGGAGCUUCUGCCUCGGCCUGCUCUUCACCAACAGAAUGUGGACACUGCCUGAGGCAACUGAGGUUCCAUUACCGAAUCAAAGCGUUGAGGAAGGCAAAGCUCUAGUUGCUGCAGAUUGUGGUUCAAAAAAGGUUCAAGAACUGCAAAAAUACAAAGAUGUGUUACCAGACCAAGAUACUCAUCAUGAUGUACAGACACUAGAUAAGACAAUAGCGACCUUAGAGACAGAACUCUCGGCUGCUAGAACCCUGCAAGAGUCAUUGCUCAACGGUUCCCCUGUUUCAGAAGACUUCAAAGUUUCUGAGUCGAUUGGGAGGAGAAAGUACCGUAUGGUGAUUGGCAUCAAUACCGCUUUUAGCAGUCGCAAGAGAAGAGAUUCCAUACGUUACACCUGGAUGCCUCGAGGUGAGAAAAGGAAACAACUUGAAGAACAGAAGGGGGUCAUAAUUCGGUUUGUCAUUGGUCACAGUGCUAUAGCAGGCGGAAUUAUUGAUAGAGCAAUUGAAGCAGAGGACAGGAAACAUGGGGAUUUCAUGAAGAUAGAUCAUGUCGAAGGAUACCUUGCCCUAUCUGGCAAAACUAAGACAUACUUUGCUACAGCUGUUUCAUUAUGGGAUGCAGAUUUUUAUGUGAAAGUUGAUGACGACGUGCAUGUGAACAUAGCAACACUUGGACAGAUAUUGUCCAAACAGGCAUGGAAGCCAAGAGUAUAUAUGGGCUGCAUGAAAUCUGGCCCUGUCCUAUCUGAAAAGGGUGUGAGAUACUAUGAGCCUGAGCAUUGGAAGUUCGGCGAACCAGGAAAUAAGUAUUUCCGACAUGCUACCGGUCAAUUAUACGCCAUUUCAAAAGAUCUAGCAACCUACAUAUCAAUAAACAAGCACGUCCUACACAAGUAUAUAAAUGAGGACGUUUCGCUAGGAUCUUGGUUCCUCGGGUUAGAUGUCGAGCACAUCGAUGACCGGAGACUCUGUUGCGGUACUCCACCUGACUGCGAAUGGAAAGCUCAGGCAGGGAACACCUGCGCGGCGUCAUUCGACUGGAAGUGCAGCGGCAUAUGCAACUCGGAAGGCAGGAUCUGGGAGGUGCACAAUAAGUGCGCCGAGGGCGAUAAGGCGCUGUGGAAUUCCACUUUCUAGCGUGGUCGGAACCCUGACUGAACCAGAAGAAGCUCUCCUCUCCUUCAUGUUUGUUAGUUGUUGUAUACUAGAUCGCCCCACGGUGCUGUGUAUGUAAUUCAUCCUGUAGGUAUAGCUGUGGUUUUGACUGUGGGACUGGCUGACACCGACGAAGCGGACCACAAUUUUACGUAGCGUCUGUCCGCCGGUGGCGCCGGAGGCGAAGGUGAAGGCGAAGCAGGGUAUACGAGCUGUCGCCGCAUUCUUUUGGUGGAUAAAAUGUUGCAGGUGGCCAUUCUGUACCGAUCUCCUGUGCUGUUUGGCUACCACAGAUGUAUGACCGAAAUAAAACGUCCCUGAAUCCUGCAUUUCAGUGCAUUCUGGACUAGUUUUGUGUUUGUAACAGCUGAGGCUCACUCUAAAUGAAAGGGAAAAUUCAUGA